AUGAUUAUGCGACACCAUCUCUGUGAGGACCUAAGAGACGAGUUGGGAUAUGUUAAUGAUCCUCAUAAUCUCUGGUCAUUUUUGAAUUCUAGAUUCUGUGAGCCAUUGGUGCACGAAUCCAAGAAAAAAUGGGAAGCUCUAAGGUUCCAGGAUUAUGAAUCCGUGGACAAUUAUCACUCUGAUCUUAUGAGAAUCACCUAUAGUCUUAGACUAUGUGGUGAAUUGGUAACAAACGAGGAUUUGUUAAACAAAACUCGUGACACAUUCCAUUCAGAGGAAGUGUUGUUAUCACAUCAGGCCAAAGGUUUCACCACCUAUUAUGACAUGUUCUCAUAUUUAUUAGACAUUGAGCAAAAGAAGCAGAAAAGGAUGGAUAACAUCAGACGGUUUAAUGACAUCAUGGAGAUAUAUUAUGAAGUACUAGACAGUGGGAUGAAAAUCCCUGAAGCUAAUAAAGCAACAUUUGAUAAGAAGAGAUCUGAGGAGGAUUCCGAGUGGACACUCAUGGACCAUGAGGUCGGAUUAUACAUUGAAUAA